AAAGCACUACGAGGCCAUUAGCAAGAUGCUAUCUCAAAGUGGAUUUGGGUGGGAUUGGGUCAAUAACAAGCUGUCAAUUGAUAGUGAAGAUGUGUGGCUUAAAUAUGUCGCGGCUAACAAGAAAGUAGGAUUUUACAAGAACAGGGUCAUUAAGAAUUGGGAUGCUAUCACCACCAUAUACUCAAAAGAUCAUGCAAAUGGUGAAGGUGCUGUCACUGGUGCUGAAACUGUUGUAGAACCAACUACGGAACCCAAUGAAGCCUCUCCUGAAGUGCCACAAAAAAAACAACGAACUAGUGAUGCCAUCCUGUGCCUUCUUGGGGAUAUGAAAGGCUCAUUUCAUGAUGCUUUGAAGUCACUCGAGCCUUUACCUCUGCCCCAAGUUACACCUCCUGCUGAAAUCCUUGCGACACUUGAGAUGAUCCCUGAUCUAGCUCGUGGUGACAUCUUGCGAUCUUAUGGUAAGUUGAUCCUUAGCGAACGCUUGUACCAAGCGCUUCUUGAGCUUCCCAUGAACUUCAGGAAGGAAUGGUUGUUGAUGUUGAAUUAG